CAACGAGCAUUCAAUUAACACACGGAAUUAAAAUAUGUUGGUGAAAUUACCACGUAUAAAAUUGAAAUUCGGAAAAAGAUCCUUCAAAUAUCUUGGUGCAGCAUUAUACAAUGACUUACCAUUAAAUAUACGUUGUUGCGAUGAUUUGCUUCAGUUCAAAAAAUUAGUUUAUCAACAUUUUAUGUAAAUAUUCGCUUUUAAAAUAGGUUUAAAUGUUUUAAGUAAUUAUUUAAGUAGCUUCUGUUUCUAAAUUUUGUGCAUUCUAGUUUCACAUUUUUCUUUUUUUCUUUUUUUUGGGGGGUAUGUAUGCGUUUUAUAUUCAUUGCUUUUGUUGUUAAUCUAAGUUGCACUCGGCAAUACAAGCUAUAUCUGACUUUGCAAUGGUAUUAUUUAAAGUAAAAAAAGUUAGUUUUUAGAUUCGAUUCAUUAGAUUCGCCUUCUUUUACGUUACCUUAUUAAGGGAACAUGCUGCACAAAUCUGUAGAUUUUGUUAGAAGAUGAGUUCAAUGAGAUCAAUUUGUUUGCGUUGCUCAUAAACAUAGAAGUAAAUAUUCUUCUGUAUGAAAUUGCAAAAUAAGAAUAAAAUUGAAAUAUUUAGGUAUGAUUUACUCAUCAUAUAUCGUCGUGAACGCAAAAGGUAAAUAUUUGUGUGUAAAUUAAUUCUUUUUAAAAUUCGAUUUGUUUUUCAAUUUUUCUGUAGUUUUUCUCCUUCUCUCUGUAUGUAUACAUGGUUUGACAUGAUCCAGACUGCCAUUGUAUCUGUUUCGUCUUCAUUUUGGGUAGCUGAUCAACCUUUAAUCAAACUUUGGAGUUGUAAUUCACAUUUGACUAUUGUCCCAGGUUGGAAUGUAGCUGCUUAUCACGCUGCUCAGAAUAAGAACAAAUACGAGAUUUUAAAAUGAAGAACGUCAUCUUAAUUGUGUUUGCAAUCACGUGUGUGCAUCUAAAUAACAACCUCGUAACAUGUGAUGCUAUUGAGAACUUAUUUGAACAGAUAAGCAAAACGUUCUCACCUCUUGCUACUCAACUUACAGCUGCAUCAGGUACUGAUGGUGGGGACAACGACGGGGAGCCACCGGCUAAAAGUUCUAAACGCAUACGCCAAUAUGCUGUUUUUUAUUUGUCUGAUGCGCCUACCCUUACGCUAGAUCCACCUCCCACAGCAUUUCCAGCAGAUAAGAUAAUUGAUGGCAAUAAUUAUUUAGCAGCUAUUAUCGGUGGACCCACAGGUGUUCACACAGAAGCAAUGUUACUGCCGAAAUUAGAGAGCAAGAUAGACAACUUUAAAAAAGAAAAAAGCAAGAAUCCAAAUUGGUACCUGUUUUCUUACAAUACUCCAUGUUGUAAAGCGAAUCAUUCUGUAAAAAAUCAAUGUGGUGGGGGGUCUUGUUCAGAACUGAUUAACAACUACAUCAACACACAUCGAGCAAAGUUAGACAAGAUUUAUAUUGCAUGGGACAAGUUUCUUGGGAUAGGUAUGCAACCACUUUCGAGACAGUAUCUAUAUAUUUUAAAUACUUUGUUGCAGCAGAAUACCGCUACAGAGGAGAAAGUUAAACUUGUCGUUCGUCCAGAAGGAUUUGCAGACAAACAGGCGCCAAGAUCAUCUUUUUUACAGAAUGAAGUUAUCAAUUGUUUGAAAAAGGAAGCAAAAGAAGAAUACUUUACAGAUAAAUCAAAGUUUGACGAGAACAUCAUAAAAAUUGUUAAUACGCUGACUUGGCACUGUGGAACAACGGAAUUAAAAAAAGGUUCAUCCAAACUGUACGAGGCCAAUUGUUGGACUUGUAAAGUUACAGAAUGUCCCAAAAUGGCUGACGCUGUUGCAAAAUGCGCACCGAAAAAAUCCAAAAAAAUAGGUUUAGGUCCCGCCAUCGAUCCUAUUACCGGUAAAAGAAGCAACAGCGCGUAUGAUGUUAGAGGAACUUCGGAUGUGUCCCCUUAUGAAAAAGAAAAAUGUAAAAGGGACUGACAGAAUAAGAGAGUUAAAGGGAGUGCGACAAGGGUAAAUACAAGUAUCCUGCGUUUUGCCGAUGUAGAAAUAAAAAGGACAGUAACGUAAAUAUCAUUUAAUAAAACGAAUAAUAGCAGAAAAGAAUUAUUAAAUUUAUUUGAUACAAAAACUUUGGAAGUAUGAGAGAUGUAAGAAAAAUAUGUUCGAACUAUCUAUAUUUUAUUAAAGUUCAAUAAUCUUUUCCAUUUAUUUGUCUUUACCCUGUUCAGGUUUGGCGAAUAAUGACCCGGAUAAAUAUUUUGUAUUAGUUGGAGAGCAAAAGAAUGAGCAAAAAUCUCCAGCCCCUGCUUUUGCUUUCUGUAGCCGUGAUACACGUAUAUUUUUAAAAAAAGCAAUCAGCUUAUAAGUAACUGUAAUAAAAUCUACAGGUUUACUAAGCAACUUUAAUACAUGUAAUAUUGGAUAUAACCAACACAUUAUUUCUUGGAGUAGCAAGCGUUGGUUUUGACUGCUUUUUGUGUCUUUGGGGUAAUGCUUUGUACCAAUUUAAUUAAUCUAAACAGAAAUUACCUUGAGUUUUAAAUAAUAACACCAAGGUUUUUUGGUAAUUUUCAAAAUUGUACGACUUUCUGCUAAGCAAAUGUUAAGCAACUUUUCUGUCGAUCUGGAGACAGUAUUUUUGCAACUCCUCACGUACUAGAGCAAAAAGUAGACUUGCUUUUAAGAAAAUACAUGUAAGGUCCAAAAUUAAACAUAUUUGAUUUUAAAUCUAGUAUCAGUUGCUUUAGAUGGGAGAAAACGCUUCUCCCCUACCUACGUUCAAACAUGAAGAUAUACACCUAUAAAGACCUAAGAUAAUAAAAAAACUGGAACAGAAAUCUGUAUGUCCGUAGUUUACA